CCACACCACACCGACGGCCAUGUUCUGUUCCUCUCUCUCACGCAUUGAAACACACUCACAACACCCUCCUUCUCCCUCCUUUCUCACUCUCUCUCUAUCUCUUCACACUUACGCAAAGAGACAACACUAGUACAACUAUGCAACAACAGUCCUCACCACAUUCUCUUUUCUCUCUCACACACACAUUGCACAUAGAGACUGUGAGAGACAGCACGCUAUCUAAAAGAGUCCUCACAAUCGACUUCUCUCUCUCAAUUUCAAGAGUCUUCACGCAAAUGAACACAGUCUCUUCCUCUCUCUGGAAAGACUAGUCACUCAAUUUCUGGGAAAAUUGCAGAAAAACACGCAUGGCAGACAUAGCCAAGUACGCACCCAUUAAUGGCGGCAACUUAUUCUCAGAGUUCAAAUCUCUAUUCUCAAUCAUCAGAACUAGAAAAACCGUUGGUUUUGCUUACGCCUUCGUCUUUGUCUUCAUCGCCUUCACCAUUUUCCUUGCUUUUACCCCUUCUUCAACCUCCUCUUCCCCAUGGUUCACUAACAUUUUCACUCUCCCCUCCACCACUAAUGCAUCUUCAUCUUCAGAUCAAUCCCAUUUCUCUUCAAUUUAUGGCUAUUUUUUCCCAAAUUCUUCACUGCCCCAGAAUGCCGGAUCUGCUCAUUCUCCACCUCAUCAAGUCGAACUCUCUAACCCAACUAAUUCCACCAAUUCACCAGAGAAAUCUCAAGUGAAUCAAACUUCCAGUCGUGAAAGUGAAGUCUCGAAGCAAUAUCAGACUCAAAUUCCAGAUAAAGUUGAAGUCUCGGCGCAAAAUCAGACUCAAAUUGAAGAGGAAGUUGAAAGCUCGAAGCAAAAUCAAACUCAAAUUCAAGAUGAAGCUGGAGUCUUGAAGCCAAAUCAGACCGUAAUUCCGGCCACAAAAUCUCCCGACCUAGCUAACACCACUGCUAAUUCAUCGCCGGAAUCUUCCUCCGUAGCCAAGAACAUCUCUACAAAUGGUGAAAAGGGAAUUGCGGAAAAGGGUUUGCCCAAGAAUCUAACUUCUUCUCUGAUGAAGAAACAGAACGAUGGCACUAAUGUUCAGGUGAAGGGGAAGGAUGAUUUGAUUAAAUCUUUGAUGAAUUGCGAUUUAUUUGAUGGAAAUUGGGUGAAAGAUGACUCGUAUCCACUGUACAAGCCUGGUUCUUGUGCUCUGAUUGAUGAGCAAUUCAACUGUUUCCGCAACGGAAGACCUGAUAAUGACUACUACAAGCUUAAAUGGAAGCCCAAGGGCUGCACUCUUCCGAGGUUGGAUGGAAGUCAUAUGUUGGAGAUGUUGAGAGGAAAAAGGUUAGUUUUUGUUGGUGAUUCUCUAAAUAGGAACAUGUGGGAAUCCCUUAUUUGCAUACUGAGGAACUCUGUGAAAGAUAAGAAGAAGGUUUAUGAAGAAUUCGGUCGCCAUCAUUUUCGAGAAGAAGCUUCAUAUUCCUUUGUGUUUGAAGAUUACAAAUGCAAAGUGGAGUUCUUUGUGUCUCCAUUCUUGGUUCAAGAAUGGGAAGUAACUGGAAAGAAUGGCACUAAGGAGACUCUUCGGCUUGAUUUACUCAGCAGAGGUGCCAGUAAAUAUAAGGAUGCAGAUAUCAUUGUGUUUAACACAGGGCAUUGGUGGACUCACGACAAAACUUCCUUGGGGAAGGACUAUUAUCAGGAAGGCAGCCAUGUGUAUAGUGAUCUCGAUGUUCAUGAGGCUUUCCGCAAAGCUUUAACAACGUGGGGAAGAUGGGUCGAUUCCAAUGUCAAUCCCAAAAAAUCACUUGUAUUCUUCAGAGGCUAUUCCGCAUCUCAUUUCAGUGGUGGCCAGUGGAACUCUGGCGGGCAAUGUGACCACGAGACGGAGCCAAUAAAGAACGAUACCUAUCUCGCCCCAUAUCCCUCAAAGAUGACUGUUUUGGAGAAGGUGUUGAAAGGAAUGAAAAAAACUCAAGUUACUUAUCUGAAUGUCACCAGAAUGACGGAUUACCGCAAGGAUGGCCACCCAUCGAUAUACCGGAAACAACACAUGUCGGAUGAGGAGAAGAUAAAGCCGUUGCAUUUUCAGGACUGCAGCCACUGGUGCCUCCCAGGCGUGCCCGAUACCUGGAACGAGAUCUUGUAUGCAGAACUAUUGUUGAAACAGAGACAGUGGCAACAACAGAAAAGGUCGUAAGUAAAACACGUGAAUCGUAGGAUCAGAGCCACAGCCAGAUCCCCAUGGUGGUCUACCGAGCGCGAGUUCCCACCCGAUGAAGUCCAGUAAAUAUUGUUACAUGAAGAGGGCGCUGUGAUGAGCCUAAAGAAAGGGGCAUUACACUCCUCUCAUGUGCUUACUUGAUGAGAAUAUACAGUUUCAUUAUACAUAUACACAUGGUAAAUAUGUUGUUGGUAUCUUUUUGGAGGAAGAGAUUUUUACUCUGGUGUAUGUUUAUAUGCGGAAAAUGGAGGGGAGGGGAGGCAGGUUAAAGCUUAUACUCUUCUACCAUUUGCUACAGAAAUAAUGUAAAAUGAUUAUUCUAUUCUUAACCAUCAAAUUUAUAGUAUUAUUUGUCAUUCUUUACUUUA